CAUUAUAACCAAGAAAUGCCUGACCUUAACUGCACCUACAGGCCACCACCAGUGAGGUGUAACGGGUUUGAUCCCAGGGCUUUCCGCUGGGCUCUCACCAUGAAACUAGCAGUCGAGGAGAUAAACCAAAGUACUCAGUUAUUGCCAAAUUAUACUCUGGGCUACAAAAUCUUUGAUUCAUGUGCAUAUCCACUGACUGGCCAAAGGGCUGCUGUUGCUGUGCUUAAUGGGAUAAGCGAGGAGGAAUCUCCCACAUGCAGCGAUGCUUCUCUGCUCCUCGCUGUCAUCGGAGAAUCAGGCUCCGCACAGUCCAUUGUGGUUUCACGAAUCCUGCAGCCCUUCAGAAUCCCAAUGAUUAGUUACUUUUCUUCAUGUGCUUGUUUCACUGACAGAAGAAGUUAUCCAACUUUUUUUAGAGUAAUUCCUAAUGAUGACUAUCAGGUGAAAGCCAUUGCUCAACUGCUGGUGCGCUUCAACUGGACAUGGGUGGGGGUUGUCCGGGGAGACCAUGAAUAUGGCCGCUUUGCUCUGCAGGGUUUACUGAGGGAACUAAAGGGUACCAAAGUGUGUGUCGCGUACCAGGAAAUGAUCCCUCUGCUCUACAACCGUCAGAAGGCUCUGGAGAUUAUGCAGGUAAUGAAAAGCUCCCUGGCAAAAGUGGUAGUGGUGUUCUCAGCCGAAGGAGAAAUGACACCUUUCCUAAGAGAUUACAUGAUCCAGAAUAUCACUGGAAUCCAGUGGGUGGCAAGUGAAGCUUGGGUCACUGCGUCAGUGUUCACAGGAAGUGAGUAUUACCCUUUCUUGGGCGGCACCAUUGGAUUCGGCAUCAGAAGGGGACACAUUUCGCGACUCAGCGACUACCUGAUGACAGUCAGCCCUGAAAACUAUCCAAAUAAUCCUCUGUUGCCCCUCUGCACAGGACAGGAGAUACUAUUAGUCCAGCACUCAGCCUACAUGAACACAUCCAGUCCAAGGGUGGCUUACAAUGUCUACAAGGCAGUUUAUGCAGUAGCCCAUUCUCUUCAUAACCUUCUUUUGUGUAAGCCGGGGAUGGGGCCUUUUGAAAACAACUCAUGCGCUCAAAGCAACAACGUGCUCCCAUGGCAGCUUCAGCAUUACAUUGAAGAAGUAAAGUUUAAUAUUGCUGGGGAGGAGGUCAACUUUGACCUGAAGGGGGACUCUGUACCCUACUAUGACAUCAUCAACUGGCAGAAAGGCACAAGUGGGAACAUUGAGUUUGUCAAUGUAGGGUUAUUUGAUGGAACCAAGGCUGCUGGAGAAGAGCUGGUGAUCUACGAAGACAAGCUCACGUGGGCAGGGCAUCAGAGAGAGGUGCCAGUGUCUGUAUGUAGUGCCAGCUGCCCUCCAGGGUCCAGGAAAGCUGUCCGUCGUGGGGAGCCUAUCUGCUGCUUUGACUGUAUACCAUGUGAUAGUGGCAAAAUUAGUAAUGAGACAAAUUCAGUAGAAUGUAUAUUUUGUCCUGAAGAUUUCUGGUCAAAUGAAGACAGAACAAUCUGUAUCCCUAAGAAAGUGGAGUUCUUGGCCUAUGACUCUUUGGGCAUCGCUCUGACAGUGAUCUCUGUAGUAGGAGCUUGUCUCACCAUAGGUGUUUUUCUGGUUUUCUUCCAUCACAGAAACACAGCCGUGGUCCGCGUAAAUAACUCUGAAUUAAGCUUCUUUAUCUUGUUUGCCCUGACAUUUUGUUUUUUGUGCUCACUUGUUUUUAUUGGAGAGCCAACACGUUGGUCUUGUAUGCUUCGCCACACAGCCUUUAGCAUCACGUUUUCACUUUGCAUUUCCUGCAUCCUUGCAAAGACUCUGGUGGUGCUGGCUGCUUUCACUGCCACCAGGCCGGGAGACAACAUCAUGAAGUGGCUUGGGCCCAAGCAUCAGAGGGUUAUUAUUUUCAGUUGCACUAUGGUGCAGGUGAUAAUCUGUGCUGCCUGGCUCAUUGAUGCUUCCCCUUAUCCAUCCAGAAACACAAAAUAUGAACGUUCCAAGAUUAUAUUGGAGUGCAGCGUGGGAUCAAGUCUGGCCUUCUGGUGUGUUCUGGGAUACAUUGGCCUCCAGGCAUGCCUCUGCUUUGUGCUUGCAUUUCUGGCACGUAAACUACCUGGUAACUUUAAUGAGGCCAAAUUCAUUACUUUUAGCAUUUUGAUCUUCUGUGCUGUUUGGCUGGCAUUCAUUCCUGCUUAUAUAAGUUCUCCUGGAAUCUAUGCAGAUGCAGUGGAGUCAUUCGCCAUUUUAGCUUCCAGCUUUGGCUUGCUGUUUUGUCUGUUUGCUCCAAAAUGUUACAUAAUUUUACUGAAGCCUGAAAAAAAUACAAAACAACAUCUAAUGGGUAAGGAAAAAUAAAAAAUAAAAAUCAAUCGUUUUUAAUAAGGCUUGAAAGUCAUAGCAACUUGGCAAACGUUGCUAAAAGUUUACAGAAUCCAGUUUGAAACAGAAACACUGAAACAGAAUGACAGAGGGAUUGAAGCACACAACCACUCAUACAUUGUAAAAACAAUGGACGAAUCAAGAUGUGACAUCACCCAUAGAAAAUGUUUCACCUCCAGCUCUACAUCAGGAAGCAAUGGUGAGGCACCGCCAUGUUGAAACCAGUCAAUGGUGUUUCGAGUCGCUCUGAGAGAUCAUAUCUAUGGCAAUGGUGCCAGUAGUUGCCAUGGAUACGAUGACUCUGAAGCAGAUUACUGCUGCACUGUGAGAGUGUACUUUGAGCAAGAGAGGUUUUGCAGAAAGGCAACUCACAAUAUCCACCUUAUUUACUCUUUUUCUUCAUGUUUUGGUUGUGAGUCAAUUUAAACAUUUAAAAAUCAUAUAAAAGUUCAACUGAUAACAUAUUCUAAUUGUUUAAUAAAAUAUUAUAUUGUAUUUUGCCAGAUUGUGCCUGAUAUCUUCAGACCAGCAAGCAAAUUCUUUCCUGUGUAUAUUAAGCUUUUUUCAGAGUAACAUUUGUAGUA